CUUCUCCCUAUAUUUAGCUCUUCUCCAAACUCCCCACAUGUUAUUGUCUCCGAUCUUGUUCAUUCCCUCUGUCUUCCUAUAAUCUGUCACUUUUCAUCCUAUCAUUCUAUCUAUAACCAUGGCUUCUCCUCAGAAAAUCCGUACUACCCUCACUGAUCUGCUCAAGAUCAACCACCCCGUCCUGCUGGCAGGUAUGAACGUGGCCGCCGGUCCCAAGUUGGCCGCAGCGGUCACCAACGCCGGUGGCCUUGGUGUCAUUGGUGGUCUCGGCUACACCCCCGAAAUGCUCCGCGAACAGAUCGCAGAACUCAAGAGCUACUUGAUCGACAAGAAUGCACCUUUUGGUGUUGAUCUUUUGCUUCCACAGGUCGGAGGAAACGCACGAAAGACAAACUAUGACUACACUAAGGGAAAGCUUAACGAGCUCAUCGACAUCAUUAUUGAGUGCAAAACUUCUUUAUUCGUUUCCGCCGUCGGUGUCCCUCCCAAAGCGGUCGUGGACAAACUUCAUGGUGCUGGCAUUCUGUGCAUGAACAUGAUCGGCCACCCCAAGCAUGUUCAGAAGGCUCUUGAUGUCGGUGUCGAUAUCAUCUGCGCUCAGGGCGGUGAGGGCGGUGGUCACACUGGCGAUGUUCCGACCAGUGUUCUCAUCCCUACUGUUGCCAAGCUGUGCCAAGGCAAGAAGAGCCCCUUGACUGGUAAGCCGGUGCAGGUCGUCGCUGCGGGUGGUCUGUACAACGGUAACUCCGUUGCCGCUGCUCUUAUGCUUGGUGCCUCUGGUGUCUGGAUCGGUACUCGUUUCAUCCUGUCUGACGAGGCCGGUGCUCCUGUUGCUCACCAGGAGGCCGUCCGCACUGCCGGAUUCGAGGACAAUGUUCGCACUAUCAUCUUCACUGGUCGUCCACUCCGUGUUCGCACCAACCCCUACAUCAAGAACUGGGAGGAAAACCGCCAGGAUGAAAUCAAGCAGCUGACCUCCAAGGGUAUCAUCCCCGUGGAGCACGACUUGGAGAACAUGCCCGAUGACGUUGAUGAUGAGACCUUGGACAAUGCUCGUCCCUACCUGAUGGGCAAGGUUGCUGCUGUUGUCACCGAGAAGAAGCCUGCCAAGGCUAUUGUCGAUGAGAUUGUUAACGACGCGGCUGAGCUGUUGCAGUCAGGCUACAAGAUGCUCGCUAAACUGUAAAUAUUAUUUCAUUGCUAAUGGCGCAUUUUCGAUGUGAGGACGGUCAUUCAUUCAUACGAAGGAUGUAUAUAAAUAGUGAUGUUCAUGACCGCACAUAUUAGUUAGCGUUCCCUAUUCCAGUUAUCUUCCAACCUUGACCUCUCUCUUGUCAGAACCACGCAUUGUAAAC